AUGGGCUCUUCGGCUUCCAAAGGCGCAAAGGCGGCGGGCUCUGCUGCUCGUAAAUACCCUACCAGAGCCCCUACGAAUACUACAACACGGGCUCCCGCGCCUUCCGCACCCGCACAGGAUCCUGUAAAGGGACCGACUGUUCGUCCCGAGGUGCAGGCUUCUGGAGAAAAGACCGAGGCUGUUUUACAAGAUGCCCGCGACCCUGCCUUUGCAUCUCGCCUCAGCAGUCUGGGUGCUGUUCAACCGAACCCUCAUUUCUCGCCUUCGUCUGCCUCGCAAUUCGACCCUCGCCGCAAUACCUCGCCGAAUCUUCCCUCCGAUACGAUGAUGCAAUCGCCACCGCAGUCUGCGUUCCCCGACCCGCGCAAUAACCCCGUACUACGGGUACUGGAGGCGAGACAACGGAUAGCAGACCAGGCGGAAGAUGAGUUGCGAGACGUUGGUAGGAGAGGGUUCCAGGGAAGAACGUAUGUGGAUGCUGGUGUCAUAACGUUGGCGAUGAUGAGACGAAGCAAGGGAGAGCCCGAUGCGAGGAUUGAAGACGCAUUGGGAAUCAAGAGGGGGAGACUGAGUGUGCUGGGCAAGGGCACGGUGGAAGCCGUAGCCUUGGGUUGA